AUGAACAUAAGGUGGCACAAAUUUCAGAUACUUACCUUUCUCUUGUGUCUUACUGGCAUAACCUGUGCGUUUUGGGAUGCUACCAGGAGCAAAAGAUCAAACGACGAUCAAGUGGUUCCACAGUAUGAUGCCUUGGAUGACACAGAAACCCCGACACAGCAGAACAAACAGAUAUUCUUCCAAGAUUAUGGAUCCGAGCUCAGAUCAAUAGAUGACUUCAAGGUCACAAGUUUGUUGUUGGCAUCUGACAUCGAGGGAAACCUGCAUGCUUUGAACCGGAAUACCGGGGAACUGGUGUGGACGCUUUUAGGACAAUCACCACUGGUGCAGAUAUCUAAGCAGGAAGUGGCGAGCGAAACCGUUUUGGGCUCGGAUGGCGAUGAGAAUGGUUCAUAUCCUGUCAACGAAGAGGGGAAGAUAACAUGGAUGAUCGAGCCUUACGAGGACGGUUCAUUGUACUACUUCACCCAAGAGGGUGGCCUUCAGAAACUCUCAUCGAGUGUGCAGAACCUGAUCAAAGAGUCCCCAUUUGCCAUGAAUGGUGGUGAACACGUUUAUACCGGAUCCAGGAAGACCUCGCUCUACAAAAUUGAUGCCAGAACUGGCAGGUUAAUCGACUCCUUUGGACCCGGCUGCGCAAACGAACAGAACGCCCAUAAUCAUGAUCUCACGGGUAUAGAGGAUCUGGAUGAAGCAGUUUACAGCUGCCCGAUUGACGAGCAAGUGGAGGCCGGAACUUCUACCAUCCUUCUGGGCAAAACAACUUAUGACCUUACGAUAUACUCAAAAAACAACACCUCAUGGAACAUUACGUACUCUGCAUGGGGCCCCAACAACCUGGAUAGCGACCUGGUGAGACAGAACUAUGAAUCCCUGGAUGGAGUCUACAUUGCACCCUUUCAUGACAGUUCGCUUCUCGCGAUUGACUCCACCUCCAAAGUUGCCAAAUGGGUUUCCAAUCUUCCCGCCAUUGCAGUCAAUGUUUUCGACAUCUUUUGGGAUCCAUCAGAUGCUGAUACUGAUUUCGGAAGCUUGGAUAGUCAUUUCUUGGUUCUCCCUCAUCCUCUACACCCUAACAUGGGAAACGCUGAGGAAGAAGUAGCUCGCUUGACGGAAGGAACGUUUGUGGAUAGAACCAAAAACGGAUCGUGGUUUGCCAUGUCGGAGUAUAGGUACCCUUCAUUGGUAAAAUCAGCCCCGAUUGCGAAAUACGCUUCCAGCGAAAGAUGGCGGUCAUCAUCUAUUUUCAAGAGCGAGGACAUGAUGAGCAUAGCCAUCGCGGGUGUUCAUCCACGUUGUGGACCAUACUCGGAAUCCGAGAACAGCGAUGUCAAGCAGUUACCCACUGGCUUACCAAAAUCACUUCAAAGUUAUGAAAGAGGACUGUAUGUCCCUGCAACACGAGAAAAGAAUGACCACCAUCUUGCCACUAGAUUUUCGCAAACGUUGCCCACUCCAGACGUUUUAUCCAUUGAUCCUCCUCAGAACGACAGCUCCCUUGAAUCGGGUAUUUUGAGUGGCUCAGUCACAAAGGUUCUGCUGCGCUUGUUUGAGAAUAUAGUGGCAUCCCUAGUAUUGCUGGGAACACUAGUGCUUCUCUCCAAACUGGGAGUCUUACCACCAUUAACGCAGAUUCUCAGUCGUUUUGGUCUUUUCAAAAGAACCCAAAGUGCAGUUGAACUCGUUGAUAUGCUUUUGAAGGAUGAUGUGGUGGAGUUAGAGAAGAGUUUCAAUCUGAUAAAACGUGAAAGGUUUGGAGAGAGCCCAGGAACUAAUGGCGAUGAUGAUGAAGAUAUUGAUAUCUCUACCAUCAUCGAGGAGAAGAAGUUGUUGCAGAAACAAUCUGAUGAUCACGAAACUACGCCGCACGAGAAGAAGAAGAACGUCACAAUUGUUGAACCAGACAGUGGCGGGGAUAAGGAAGAGGGAGAUGAUUCCGCAUUGGUGAAUGCUCCCAAAAAGAGAAAAAGAGGAGCCAGAGGAGGUAAAAGAAACAAAAAGACUCAAGCGGUUACUGAUGAGCAAAGCGUUUCCCCAAGUGAAGGUCUUAAUACUGACAAUGCAAUCUCCGUGAUACCCUCCUCGAUCCCUAAUAAGUCCAACCUGGUGAUCUCUGAUGUUGUACUAGGAUACGGUUCGCACGGAACUGUUGUUUUCAAAGGAUCUUUUGAGAAUAGACCAGUGGCUGUGAAGAGAAUGCUCAUUGAUUUUUAUGAUGUUGCAUCUCACGAGAUCAAUCUUUUGCAAGAAAGUGACGACCACCCUAAUGUGGUGAGAUACUUCUGCUCCCAGGAGAGCGACAGGUUCUUGUACAUUGCACUGGAACUCUGUGGAGCGACCCUUGAGGAUCUGAUCGAGAAGCCCCAGCUGUUCGAAGGCAUUAAGGGCAAGCUUGAUCCGGUCCAAAUACUAUACCAGAUUGCAAAUGGGUUAUAUCACUUGCACUCAUUGAAGAUCGUCCACAGAGAUAUCAAGCCUCAGAACAUACUAGUGGUCCCUCCCAAGAAGAAGCAUGCAAAGAAGAUCACUGCUGUUGAGAACGAAUCGAUAGUUGACGAAUACAGUCCAAUUAGAUUGCUGAUAUCGGAUUUUGGUCUCUGCAAAAAGCUGGAGGCUGAUCAGUCGUCGUUCAGAGCUACAACCGCACAAGCCGCUGGCACUGCCGGCUGGAGGGCUCCUGAGUUAUUGGUGGAUGAUAAUGAUUCCAUUUACAACCCAAGCCUUGCAUCGAGCUCUGCUGGAAUGGCAAUCUCGUCUCAGAGCUCAGAGCCCUUGGUGUUUGAUUCGUUCUCCAACAGACGAUUCACCAGGUCUAUUGAUGUGUUCUCUGCUGGAUGCAUCUUCUACUACGUCUUGACUGGUGGUGCUCAUCCAUUUGGAGACAGAUAUCUGCGCGAGGGUAAUAUUAUCAAGGGAGAAUACUGCUUGGAUCUUUUGGAUGGCAACAUCGAUGCUGUCGAGUCCAAGAAUCUGAUCUCAAGGAUGAUUUCUCGGGACUGUACUAAACGCCCGGACACAGGGACCAUCUUGAAACAUCCUUUCUUCUGGCCAGUUGCCAAGAAGCUCGACUUUCUGCUAAAGGUAUCAGAUAGGUUCGAGAUUGAGCGCAGAGAUCCACCAAGUGAUCUGCUGCUAAGUCUUGAGGCUGUAGCAUUAGAUGUGGUUGGGAAAGAAGGAUGGCACUCCAAGUUUGACCAGAUAUUCCUGGAAAAUCUUGGGAAAUACAGAAAAUACAACACGGACAAACUGAUGGAUCUACUGAGGGCUUUACGCAACAAGUAUCAUCAUUUCAAUGACUUACCAGAGGCCUUGGAGAAAGAAAUGGGGCCUCUACCAGGGGGAUUCUACAACUAUUUUGCCACGAGGUUCCCCAACAUGCUCAUGGCUAUAUAUGGGGUUCUUCAGGAGAACCUCACGCACGAAGACGUGUUCAGACAGUUUUUCUAA